UCCCCACCCCCGCCAAAACGUUUCCCUUUCCAUGUAAAGAGAAGGAAGCAUUCACUCCUCAACUCUCUCUCCCGUUUUCCUUCAUUUUGUUUUUGUGUGUGUGUUCCUCCCCAAAGAUCAAAGUUUUGAAGCCAACCACCAUUUUUGGCCAUCUCUUUCUCUCUCUUCCAUGCCUCUCUCUGCUUUUCCCUCUCUGGGAGUUUGAAACAAAGGCCAAAACAAACUUUAAGCUCUAAUUUGCAUGCCAAUCAUUCUCCAAAUCUUCCAUAUAUGCACUAAAGGCAAGCAAAGGGGGUACGUUCAUCAAGAUUCUCUCUUUCUUUCUUCUCUUUUUUUUUUUUUUUUUUUUUUUUUUUCCUGGUUCCUCUCAAUUUGUUCUUUUUCUUUUUCUGGGUUUGAUUAUUCCCUUCUUUUUUGACUGGUGGAAAGCACAAAGAAACAAUCUUUAUACCCUGACAGUUAUAUUUUUUCCCUACCACAUAAAUUCAAAAAACAGAUCCGAAGUGCGAAGCAAAAGAGUUGCCAGCUUAGCUUGUUGUUCUAUCUAGGAACCCCUUUGCACACCACCCUUUAAUGUGUUUGCCUUUAGAUCUGCAAAACUUCAAACACUUUCAUAGUUUUCAUCACCUUGAAUGAAUCUUGACUUUGAUUCAAUGAUUCAGCAACCUUAACCUUGUAGUGUACUAUUUAUAAGCAUAGCAGUACAAGGUAGAUUCUUGGUCCCCAUUGAACAUAUACAUAAUAGUAGUGUGGUCAGAUUUUAUUGGAUUGUAACACUUUUGGGUAUAGAUAUAAAUUGGAGAGAAAAAGAGAAGGAAAUGCCUAGGCAAAGUUUGAAUGGGGAUGGAGGAAAUGGGAGGAGUUGCAAGGUGAGGAAGAGGGGAGGAUCAUCAUCUUCUUCUUCUUCAUUGGUGAGGACUUAUCGGCUAAAAAGGGCUGUGUUAGUAGGGAAGAGAGGGGGUUCAAGCACGCCGGUGCCAAUGUGGAAGAUGAUGGAUGCUUCGACAUCACCAGCAUCGCAAAAUAACGCUAAUUCGUGUAAGUAUUUGGAGGGGAAUGGUGGUGAUAGGGGCAAAGAGUUUUUGGUUUCUGCGCGGAAAUUGGCUGCUACUUUGUGGGAGAUCAAUGGGGUUAGUACCCUUAGAGGAAAGGAGAAUGUGGAGAAGAUGAGUGAAGAAGGAGAGAGUGGUAGGAAAGGAAGGGGUUUGAAGUCAUCCAAAUUGGCUUCAAAUUCACUCCCUCUGCAAUUGUCUCAUCCUUCUCAUAGCCCUGUUUCUGAGGAAAUGGAAAGAUCUAAAGUGGGCAGCCAUAGAAGAAGAGCUUCAGCAGGUUCUGAGAAGAUUCUGCAACCUGCUCAUUCACUGCAAAGUGUUUGUCUGAUGGAGGUUGAUGAGGCACAACCACAACCACAUGGGAAUUCGAAAACCAGACAGCGAUUGAAGGAUGUUCGCCAUGGCCUCACGACCUCGAAAGAGCUGCUCAAAGUUUUGAGUCGGGUUUGGGGUCUAGAAGAGCAGCAGGCUACUUGUUUGUCCCUAUUUGCAGCCCUCAAGACGGAGCUUGAUCGGGCGUGUGCUCAAGUGACUAAGUUGAUCCAAGAACAGAAAGACAUUGAUUUCGUGUUGAAGCAGUUUGAGGAGGAGAAAGCGGUUUGGAAGAUUAAAGAGCAAGACAGGAUUCAAAGUUCUAUUGCCGGGGAGCUCAAGACCGAGAAGAAGCUGAGAAAACAGACCGAGAGGCUGAACAAGAAGCUCGGGAGGGAAUUGGCUGAUGCAAAGGCAAGUGUGUCAAAGGCAACGAAAGAGCUCGAGAGUGAGAGGAGGGCGAGGGAAAUAUUGGAGCAAGUGUGUGACGAAUUGGCGAGAGGUAUCGGGGAAGAUAGGGCCGAGGUGGAGGAACUAAAGAGGGAAUCAGCUAAGGUUCGCGAGGAGGUGGAAAAGGAAAGGGAAAUGCUUCAGCUAGCUGAUGUGUUGCGCGAGGAAAGAGUUCAGAUGAAGCUGUCAGAAGCUAAGUACGAGUUCGAGGAGAAAAACGCAGCUGUGGAUGAGCUGAAAACCGAGCUCGAGGCGUAUUUGAAGUUCAAGAGAGGAGAAGAAGGCAGUGAAUCCCCAAACUAUGAUCGAAUCAAGGCUCUCGAGAAACAUUUAAGGGAAACACUCCCCGGCCUCAUUUACCAAGACAAAGAGAAGCGAGAAACCAAAGAAGAAGACGGAGAUGAUUCAGCUGAUGAUAGUGACCUUCACUCCAUUGAACUAAACAUGGAUGAUAACAGCAAGAGCUACGAAUGGAGCAACGUGGUUUACAACAACUCAAACCGAACCAAACCGGGGAGAAAGUCCACUUGUGCAAAACCCCCGAGACAAAGUAUCUGUCUGGAAAGACAAACCUCCGAAGGCAUAGUUUUGGAAUUCUCAGCUGGGGGCAAAGAAAACCAAGGGGUUCAUAGCAAUGGAUACUCCCAUUUGUAUGACCACGAGACGUGGAAAAGGGAACACGAAGACGAAAUCGAGAGAUACAACAUGAUCAAAGACCUUAGAGAUCACAUAGUUUCUGCUUCCAAAACCACCCCCUCCCAACAUCAAACUUUCGCCUCCCUCGAGCCUAGCAUCAUUGCAGAAUGAAGCAAAUUCUUAUUAAGUUUAUUUCCACCAUUAACAAGGAUAGUCUAUAAGUCUAUUGCAAUUUGCAUUGCCUACAAAUCCCAAGAACACACAUUCUUGAUGGUUGGUUAGCCAAAAAAAAAGAAAUUUUGUGUUCUGCUGUUUGUUUUUUUAGCUGAAUUGUACAAAGUUUGCCACUUUAUUUUUUUUUUUUACUGGGAAGUGAAAAGUUUACAGAUUUAUUAUAUA